AUGAUCCCUGGAUCGCUCGCCACUGCACGACUCUCUAGGGGUAGCCUUUCGGGCAUCGGCCGCCUGGCGCUGCGUGUGCCCGCAGCAGCACGUUGCUACACCGCCGGCAGCCUCAAGAUCAAUGCGGACCGGAUGAUGAAGACACUGCACGAGACGUGCGAAUGGGGCGCAGCGCACCGAUACGGCGACGGACCAUUCGAGACGGGUAUGGCGCGUCUGACGCUUGACGAGGACGAUGCGACUGCUCGACGAUGGCUGUGGAAGGAGGCGGAGAAGCUAGGUUGUUCGGUGGACGUGGACGAGAUGGGCAACAUGUUUAUGAUCCGCAAAGGCAAGAGGGACGGCAAGCCCACUGCGAUGGGCAGUCAUCUGGACACACAGCCGACCGGUGGAAGGUACGACGGCAUCCUGGGCGUGAUGGCCGGACUGGAAGCGCUGCGCACGAUGAACGACCACAAGGUGGAGACCGAGUACCCUGUGGCGCUGGUAAACUGGACCAAUGAGGAGGGCGCACGCUUCCCACAGUCGAUCGUCGGAUCGGGUGUGUGGUGCCACGACGUGCCGCUGGAGAAGGCAUGGAAUCUGCAGGACGUGAAGGACUCUUCGCUCACGAUGAAGUCGGAGCUCGCCAAGAUCGGCUUCCUCGGAUCGACGCGGUGCAGCCACGAAGCCACGCCGCUAGCGGCGCACUUUGAGCUUCAUAUCGAGCAGGGUCCGAUCCUGGAAGCGACGGGUAAGAGAGUGGGCAUCGUUCAGGGCGGGCAGGCGUACAAAUGGUUCGACAUCAACGUGCGCGGUCGUGAAUGCCACACCGGAUCCACACCGUUCGACACCCGCUCCGACGCCAUGCUAUGCGCAUCGCGCAUCAUUGUCGAGAGCAACCGCAUCGCCAAGCAGCACAAAGGCCUCGCAAGCACGGGCAUCUUGCGUCUCUCGCCUGGCAGCGUCAACACAUGCCCGGGCCAUGUCUUUUUCACACUGGACGUUCGACAUCCUUCGACGCACAAGCUUGCGGCGCUGUGCAGCGAGAUCGAAGCGGCGGCGCAGCACAUUGCGGCCGAGGAAAGCGAAAAGGGGUGCAGCCUUGAGUGGGUCGAGACGUUCGACAGCCCCGCGAUCACGUUCCACCGCGACUGCAUCGACAGCGUGCGCAAGGCAGUCGAGGCCAACUACGGCAGCGAUGCAGGCGUGGACAUCUACAGCGGCGCCGGUCACGACACAUGUUCGACCAGCAAGGUGUGCCCUUCCUCGAUGGUCUUCAUCACGAGCAAGGACGGCGUCUCGCACAAUCCGCGGGAGUAUUCGUCGCCGGAAGACUGUGCGACCGGUGCGCAGGUUCUCAUGGAUGCGGCACUGCUUCACGGCAACGUCGAGGCAAUGGUUGGAAGUCGCGGCAAGAAGUGCUGCUGCUGCUACCCUGGCAUGGUCGCGCGGGGCGCGCUCGUCACCAGCACCAUCUCUGCCCGUCUUUUGUCCAUCCUGUACCCUAGCCCCAUCCUGCUUAAACCACUCGAUUCUCCAUCCAUCAUGGCAGCUCCCUACACCGAUACGGGCGUCAAGCCCGACGAUUUCACCGAGUUCGACUACGUCGUCGUUGGCGGCGGCACGGCGGGUCUGGCGGUGGCUGCGCGUCUGUCCGAAGACGCCUCUGUGUCGGUUGGCGUGAUCGAAGCGGGGCUGUGGCGUCCCGAGUGCCCCAAGAUCAACUACCCGGCGUUCAUCGGUCAGACGCCCAUGAACCCGGACUACGACUGGUGCUACGAGACCGAGCCGCAGCAGCACUCGAACGGACGCAAGUACCCGUGGCCGCGCGGCAAGGUGCUCGGCGGCAGCAGCGCGCUCAACUUUCUCGUGUGGCAGCGCGGCUACAAGGGCGAGUACGACGACAUUGGCAAGCUCGGCAACUCGGGCUGGUCCUGGGACGACUUUGCCAACUUUGCGCGCAAGAGCGCCACGCUCGAAAAGCCGUCCAAGGGCCUGCAAGACGCACACCUCGCCACGUACGACGAAGAGGUUCACGGCUCCGACGGUCCGGUCCAGACCUCGUACAGCAAGUGGUACACCGAAGCACAGCGCCCGUGGUUCGAGGCGCUCAAGAGUCUCGGCCUCGCCAACGUCAGGGACGGUCUGGCCGGCAGCAACGCCGGCUUCUGGGUCUCGCCGGGUACCCUGUGCCCCAAGAACGGCGUGCGCUCGUACUCGGCCAGCGCCUACUAUGCUCCCAACGCAAAGCGCUCCAACCUCAAGGUCAUCACCGGCGCCCUUGCCUCCAAGAUCCUCUUUGCCGAUGCCAAGAACGCUGCAGGCGAGCUCGUCGCCUCGGGUGUCGAGUAUUCGGUCGGCGGCGCCACCUACACGGUCAAGGCUCGCAAGGAGGUGGUGGUGAGCGGCGGUACGAUCAACAGCCCGCACCUGCUCGAGCUCUCGGGCAUCGGCAAGGCGGACGUGCUCAAGGCAGCGGGCAUCGAACAGCGCAUCGAGCUCGACGUGGGCGAAAACGUGCAGGACCAUCUCUACACCACCACCACCUUCAAGCUCAAGCCGGGCCACACCACCUGGGACAAGAUGCGCCAGGACGACUUUGCCAAGGCGGCCAUGGAGCAGUACGCGGCCGGCGGCGACGAUCGGGGCAUCGUUGCGUCGAUCAUCUCGGGCUUCGCCUACGUCCCUCUGAAGCAGUACCUCUCUGCAGACGAGAUUGCCAAGAUCAAGGACGAGGUGAACAAGAUCGACUGGAGCCAGUACUCGAACGGCGUGCGCGAGACGGUGCAGCUGCAGCUUGCGCGUCUGGACGACGACAAGUGCCCCUUCACCGAGUUCAUCUUUACGCCUGGCUACUUUGCCACCUUCUCUGCGCCAGAGGAAGGCCAGGAGUACUACAGCAUCCUGGCGUGUUUGCAGCAGCCCUUCUCGCGCGGCACGAUCCACGCUGCCUCAUCCGACCCCGCGCAACCGCCCAAGAUCAACGCCAACUACUUCAGCGUCGACGCCGAUCUCGAGAUCCUUUCCAAGGCGGUCAAGUACUGCGACACCAUCACCGCCACAUCUCCACUCAAGGACAUUACCGUCGCAAGGCAGGACCCCGAUCCGGAGAAAUGCACCUCGGACGACGACUUCCGCGAGUUCACCAAGGAUGUAACCAGCACCGAGUACCAUCCGAUCGGAAGCUGCUCCAUGAUGCCCCGCGAAAAGGGCGGCGUGGUGGAUGCAAGGCUCAAGGUGUACGGUACCGCCAACGUGCGUGUUGCCGAUGCAUCCAUCAUCCCCAUCCACGUCUCGUCGCACAUCCAGUCGGCCGUCUACGCUGUCGGCGAAAAGGCCGCCCACAUGAUCCGCGAGGAUGCCAAAAAGGCCCACUAG